GGAAGUCCAGCUGAGGCUUGUGGCCUGAAACCAGGAGACCGCAUAUUGUUCCUUAAUGGACUAGACAUGAGGAACUGUUCCCAUGACAAGGUGGUGUCCAUGCUGCAGGGCAGUGGUGCCAUGCCCACUCUAGUGGUGGAGGAGGGUCCGGUAGAUUAUCCUCUGUCAGAUUCAGAACCAGAGGACACGCCCACAGUUCCUCGAUCACGGUCUCCGGCCCUCAGCUCGCUGCAGUGGGUGGCUGAGAUCCUGCCCCCCAGCAUCCGGGUGCAUGGCCGUACCUUCAGCCAACAACUUGAUCACCUCCUCACCCUACAAGAAAGAUACACCAUCUGCAAAGCACUGGAGACCUUCUUCCAGCACAG